GGCAACGUCAAUACUUGAUUCUUGUGUUUCUUGAUCGUAGUUUCACACUCUCUUCGCUUCUCGACCUUUUCCCCAGAGUUUCGGUUGCAGCCAUGGACACGCCCCUAAGUACUCGAAACAUCCUCGUCACAGGUGCCACCGGCAAGCAGGGUGGCUCGGCCAUAAAGGCUCUCUUAGCCAAUCCUCCUCCAUUCCCCUUCCACAUCCUCGCCCUCACGCGCAAUAGCACCUCGAAAACAGCCCAAACUCUCGCUGCCAACCCCAAGAUUACCGUCAUCGAAGGUGACAUCCACGAUGCAGGCGCAAUCUUUUCCAAAGCUGGUGGCGUUGGCGCUGUAUGGGGUGUGUUUCUGGUCACCAUACCAUCGAUGAAGAAAGAUGUCGAAGAACAAGAGAUGAAGCAAGGCAAGGAUCUGAUCGAUGCAGCUGUGGCGCACGACGUAAGACAUUUCGUCUACACCUCCGUCGAUCGGGGUGGGAAUGAGAAGUCCGACUAUAACGCAACGGACGUUCCACAUUUUGUGUCCAAGUAUAACGUGGAAAAGCACCUCUACGACAAAGUUCGUGGAACGAAAAUGACAUACACGGUUCUGCGACCGACAUGCUUCAUGGACAACCUGACUCCCGAUUUCCCUGGUCGAGUCUUCGCCACAAUGUGGGCGAAGAUGGGCGAUAAAGGGUUACAAUUCGUGGCCACCAAAGAUAUCGGCAUGUUCGCGGCUUUGGCGUUCUCGAACCACGAGUCGGACGACUACAAGAACAAGGGCAUCAGUCUGGCAGGCGAUACACUCACACAAUCACAAGCGAACGAGAUCUGCUGGAGAGCACUCGGGCGUCCAAUGAUUCGAUCCUACGAUUUCAUGGGCACCCUUUUGCAAUGGAUGAUUCCCGAGAUGGGCAUCAUGUUUCGCUGGUUUGUUGAUCACGGUUAUGGAGCUGAUGAGAUUCAAUGCAGGAGGUUGAACAAGGAUAUGCACAACUUUGAGAGCUGGCUUUUAGAAGAGAGUAAAUUCAAGCGGUGAUCAGGACCAAGUGCUUACGACAACGUCCACGGUGCGGCGGCUAUCUUCCCUCUCUUCUCACUCCUGGACAUCCCUGGUUGAUCUACUCGUGACUGUGGGGUAUGGCGG